AUGGGUCCAAGAAUCAGCAUUUCUGGCAAUUCUGCCAGCAGCCCUGAGCCCGCUGCCCUGAGUGAACAACUGCAAGAAGCAGGAACGUUUAGCUUGGGUGGGAGUCAGGGAGGCCCCCGGAGGAGCGGCAUCCCGGACCAAGCCCCUGCGGGGGCGGGUAUGGGAGAGCAUCUCUCCACCCACCUGCCGUCCCCGCUGUCCGCUCCCGAGGCACAGCCCCCGGCAGCCCCUCAGGAGGCCUAUGUGAUGGCCAGUGUGGACAACCCACAUGUGUGCCGCCUCCUGGGCAUCUGCCUGACCUCCACAGUGCAGCUCAUCACACAGCUCAUGCCCUUUGGCUGCCUGCUGGACUACGUCCGCGAGCACAAGGACAACAUCGGCUCCCAGUACCUGCUCAACUGGUGUGUGCAGAUCGCAAAGGGCAUGAAUUACCUGGAAGACCGGCGCUUGGUGCACAGGGACCUGGCGGCCAGGAACGUGCUGGUGAAGACGCCGCAGCACGUGAAGAUCACAGACUUUGGGCUGGCCAAGCUGCUGGGUGCCGAGGAGAAGGAAUAUCACGCAGAAGGAGGCAAGGUCCCUAUCAAAUGGAUGGCUUUGGAAUCAAUUUUACACCGAAUUUAUACCCAUCAGAGUGAUGUCUGGAGCUACGGAGUCACUGUUUGGGAGUUGAUGACCUUUGGAUCCAAGCCUUACGAUGGAAUCCCUGCGAGUGAGAUCUCAACUGUCCUGGAGAAAGGAGAGCGCCUCCCGCAGCCACCCAUCUGCACCAUCGACGUCUACAUGAUCAUGGUCAAGUGCUGGAUGAUAGAUGCAGACAGUCGCCCAAAGUUCCGUGAGUUGAUCCUUGAAUUCUCCAAGAUGGCCCGAGACCCCCAGCGCUACCUUGUCAUCCAGGGGGAUGAGAGAAUGCAUUUGCCAAGCCCUACGGACUCCAACUUUUACCGCGCCCUGAUGGAUGAGGAGGACAUGGAGGACGUUGUGGAUGCUGAGGAGUACCUCAUCCCCCAGCAGGGCUUCUUCCACAGCCCCGCCACCUCCCGGACACCCCUCCUCAGCUCCCUGAGCGCCUCCAGCAACACUCCCACUGUGACUUGCGUUGAUAGAAACGGGAGCUACCCUCUCAAGGAAGAUAGCUUCCUGCAACGCUACAGCUCAGACCCCACUGGUGCCCUCACGGAGGACAGCAUGGACGACGCUUUCCUCCCGGCACCCGAAUAUGUAAACCAGUCUGUUCCCAAAAGACCCGCAGGCUCUGUCCAGAACCCUGUCUAUCACAAUCAGCCUCUGUAUCCAGCUCCUGGCAGAGACCCUCAGUACCAAAAUUCACGCAGCAACGCCGUGGACAACCCUGAGUAUCUCAACACUACCCACCCUGCCUAUGUCAGUGGUGUGCUCGACGGCCCUGCCCUCUGGGCUCAGAAGGGCAGUUACCAAAUUAGCCUAGACAACCCUGACUACCAGCAGGCCUUCUUCCCCAAGGAAGCCAAGUCGAAUGGCAUCUUUAAGGGGCCUGCAGCUGAAAAUGCAGAAUACCUGCGGGCAGCACCAGCAGGCAGUGACUUUACUGGGGCCUGACCAUGGAGGACAACAUCAGCCAUAAGCUUCCAGCCCCUUCAGCCCCCAGGACCAAGCCAUGGCAGCUGUUGAGUCCUGACCACCAUGCCGACAUUAACUCUUGGACCCAUGGACUGGUUUGUCCAUAUUUGCCCUGAUCAGCCCACCUUUCAACCAAGAAGUGCCCCCGACUCAGAUGCGCUUUGCAAAGUUGCAGGGACUUUCCUUUGUCUUCAAGCUGUGAGGCUUCCACAGAAGGCAUCCAGAAACAAUGUUGUCCGUUUGGGCAGAAGUUCACCUUCCAGCGAGGUAUAUUUGAAAAAUACUAAAUAUGUGUAAGGAGUUUUAUUGCUUAGGAACAUCUGGGGUUUUUUCAUUGACACGGAUUUUACUCUUAAUGAGUUUUUCUAAUAAGGAAAAAGCUUUGCUCAUAGCACCUGUGGUACUGAGUUGACCCAGGCCCAACUGUGACUGAGAUGCAUGGGCCAGCCUUCCAGCCAGCACUUGAUUCCAUCGGCUCUGCUUGGAGACUCCUCCAUUGCAAGACAGUUGAAUAACCAGCCAGUCCUCUGGGUCCUCAGCAGGCCACAUUGGUACUAUAUCAGAUCAAGGCAGGUACAAGACAAUAAGCCACUUUGAACUCUUCCUGAGCAAGGAAGAUACAGAGGGAGGAGAAUUCUUCCUCAGACUUUCUUUUAUAUAGAUGUCUCCACGGUACUCCUCUCUCCUUUGGGUGACCAGUGUUUUCUAAUUAUAAGUAUUAGACUUGUUUAUUUUUCCAUUCCAUAGUUUUGAAACCCAGUAUGUUUUCCCAAUACAGCAAAACGGUAACCACGGUCAGCGUAUAUGUGAUUCAUUGGCAUUCAGACCAUUGCCUUUAAUUGAGAUGGAAUGACAGCACAAGAAAGGAACAAAUCCCCCAAAUUCGAGUCUUAGAGGAAAUAUAUCAAGUCUUUGGAGGUCGGGGGACAUGUGUCUGUCUGAAGACUGCAUAUGUGAUGCUGCUCUUGAAACUCUCUUAGCUCCCCCAACGCUCCCCCCGACACACACACACACACAAAAAUUUGUUUGGGCUACUCCUAGAAGAUAAUCAUUUUACUUCAAGGGUUUUUUAUUCAAAAGGCACUUUGCUCCUCACCUGGAGGCUGCCCAGAUCCCUCCCUGCCUUUGGUGAGUUGCAGGGUCCAGGCGCGGGGGCGUGCAGGAGUGCCUCACCACAGUGGCACUCUCCACAGUUGAAUAGAGACUGCAUCAUGUGUCACAUGGAAAUCAGGUAAAUAUGAAAUUUGACUUUGAAGUUGAUGAUAACGCCUUCAUAACAUCUCCAGAUGCGUGGGCAGAAGAAAACAAUUCCCUCUUAAAAUAGCUGCCCGUAAUUGGAGGACCCUCUACUUAGGACACAAGCUUUUUCUCAUCUGUGGUUUCCCAUCAGAUCCGUGUUUCUCACCCCAAACCCUGAAUGUUACAUAGCUCUUUGGAGACAGUGUUGUAAACACUCUUAGUCAGCAUCCAUCUCAGCCAGGAAGAAGUGUUUCAGACAGUAUUUUCAGUCCAUGGUUUUAUUCAGCUCCCCACUCCCCCCCCACACACAAUUUUCCUUUAGCUUUUAAAUUAUUUACUGACUCAGGUGGAUCAGGGCCCCGCAGUUUUGCUAUCAAAGUAUUUAAUUUUGUCUCAAUAGAAAUAUAAACUAUAUUCAGUUCCAUCAUGUUGCACACUUUAACACCUUACCAGCCUGGCAUAGGUAUUAAAGAUAAAAAAUAAAUCAUAAUACCUGAUUCCACAAAAUUCACAAUUUAGCGACGAAAAUUGACUCACAAAUACUAGCCUGAAAAUGACAUGACAGAUGCCAGGCCAGACUGGUCAGCCCAGCACGGCGACAGCACAGGGUGCCUGGGGUGGAGGGGCAUGGAGUCGGGUCGGAGGACCUCUGGGGCGUCAGCCAGCAAGGAUUGGAAAGUGCAGCAGAGAGAGCCCGGCCCUGAACGUGUGCCCCGGAGAAGCCUCUCCUCGGCAGCUCCACAGGCGCUGCCGCCGCCCCUUCAAGGCUGGCGUUAGGCUUGGCAUGUUCCCCAAGUGCCCUUCCGGUCCACCCCCACUGGGGGUUUAAAAAUGAUUCGUGAAAAGAUUAAACAACGUCUCUAAGAAUCUGAAAUUUUAUGUCCUUGUCAGCAAACCACUCUCAUUAUUUAUUCACCUCAGAACAUAGUGCUUUAGCCAGAUACGCAUCCAGCGCUGAGAGACAGGAUGACCCACAUUCUGCUGUCACUAGUUUGUCAGGAGACAGAUGAUGAGGGAGCCCCACAACAUCCUGGUCAAUUGCAUCAGUGAGAGCUUAGUAUUUUUGUAAUUUGAAACAUUUUACUGUCACAUAAUAAAGUAGAGAGAACUAUUCAAGAUUUUUCUUCUUUGUAUUUCAAUGUCCUGGCAUAAAAUCUACUCACUAAAUUUUCUUAAACAUUGUGUUUCCACCAGUUUUCUCACUGUGUCUGUCCAGGGAGGUUCCCAGGGUCUGUAGACUCUCGAGAGCCUAAGAGGGCACAGCCUGAGUCCGGUUCCGGGGCCCCCUGGACAGUCAGGAGAGGAGCUCUCACACCUCGGGGCUCUGAGGGGCCGCUCAAAGCUUCACCCUCACCCCUUGGGUUUCUGCUCGUGGACACCAAGCCCUGAGGCCCCACAGGGAGCCUGUCUGCUGUUUUCCUCCCCAGCCAGUCCCUGGAGCAUUUCCCCACUGCCCAGUCAAGCCAGGCCUUCAGAAACAGGUCAGGGAAGGUAAGAGUGAGAGGCUGUUCACAGCUGACCCUUGAACCUCAUGAGUUUGAACGGUGUGGGUCCACUUAGACACAGAUUUCUUCAAUAGCAGACACAAUAGGCCACAUGAGCACCAGUCAGCCGAAUUCACGAUUAAAGAACCAGAAGCUCCGGAGAGCCAACUGUGUACAGUUACAGGCGAGUCCACUGCUCAGAGGGUCAGGGCCCCGACCUGGGCUGUUCUAGAGUCAGCUGUCCAGUGGGCCUUAUGUACAUCUUAUCACAUAAUCUUUAAGGAGGCUCUGUUAUCUCACACUAUGAAAAAUAGUUCUGUCACCUCAAGAUAGAGAUGAAUCUUCCAAACUCUAACUUUGCCCAGAGUUCAGGUUGUCAACUGAUUUACAACUAGGAGCACAGUGGAGGGUGCAGAGUACACUCCAGUUGAUGGCAAGGCUUAGAGGUUUGUUGAAAGUUCUUAAUUUUGAGCUUUAGCCUUCCCCUGUCAAAACUGCAGAGAUGCAUGAACCAUGAAGGGCUGAAGCAGACAGGCAGUGGUUCUCAGGCUGACUGCCCUUGGGUGUCUCCUGGGUCCCAACCAAAAAGACUCUGAAUUUGUCUCAGCUGCAGCCUGGGCCGGGCGCUUCUCAGAACUCCCCUGGUGAUUCUGAUGGGCACCAAAGUUUGGGCAACAGCUGUGUAAAGAAAAUGGCCUUCAGGGAGACUCGGGCCUGGGCUGACGGCCUCCCUCUCGUGGCGCGCUAGGCAAGGUCUGGGGCUGCAGGACGGGCUGUCGGGCCGUAGUGGCUCACCCUACUCACCUGCACCGCCCAUCAGGACUGACUGUAAGCUCGAAAGGACCAGUUUAAUCUAAUUCCAGGGGCUCCCCAUGUGGUUCUAAUGGACACCCAGAGUGGAAACCCUCAUCUCAGGUCACCUUCCCUUGUACUAGCUUAUGCAUCAACACUGUGCCCCCCAUCAGGGCAGAAUCAGACGAUGUGUGUGGAAGAGGUUCCUGAGGCAGCACCAGAAUGACUGGUGUGCCUGGAGCCUCGGCUGCUGCUGGCCAUUCCAAAGCCCCUAAUUCCUUGUCACCAGCAGCUAACUCACCUCAAAAGUGGCAGAUACCCCAAAUCUGAGCCUUGAGAAAGCCCUGGACAGUUUCUUUUCUAAGAAGUUGGUUUAAAAAUCCCAUCUCCUGCUACAGGGAGCGAGCUGUUCACCUCAGUGAUGGUUCUUGAAGUUGCCCUUAAUGUCUGUUCUGCAUUUAUUACUUGGUGACAAGCACAUUAUUGCAAUGUAAUGAUCUUUGUUUUCCUUGCUGAGGCUGUAAAACAUUACUGAAUAGAGUCUCUUGCCUCUAGUCAUAUCAGCCACAUCAGGGGCACACAUUUUUGUGCUAUAAAAGACAUUCCAACAGGAUUUUUAAAUGUAAGUCUAUUUUUGUAACUUUUUAGAGCACUGAGCUUUGUAAAGUAUAUUUUUAGGAAAACUCAUUUUUCUACUAAAGGAAAUAGUUUACUUCAGAAAGACUGCAAGAAAAUCAAAAUUUCAAACCGAGAUUGUUGUUUAAACAAUUUUAACAUUAACAGUUAUAAUUGUUGUUUAAAGGGAUUUAACUGAAGCAAGAGAAAAGUCUCUCUCGUAAAAAGGCACAAUGUCAUUGCAGAACUGGCCUACGUUGUUGUCCUGAUGAAGAGGAGAGUCAUUUUUAUAUUUAUAAAAUGAGAAAAGGAUGAAAUUACAUUUAGUUUCUUUGUCUGAAUCAGGUUCAUUUGACUCUGGGGCAAUUCAGUGGGAAAGAACCACUGUCUAUUACAACUAAUAGACAGUAUCAGCUUCAUGCUGUGCACCACUCAUCUGCCGAUGGGACUUUGCAAAUGUAAGAAAAACAAUAACAGAGCUCUCUUGGUUUAUGUGUACCAAUCUGACCGAUAUAGAUUAUUUUUGUGUUUACAAUUGAUACACAUUUACAAGACAGACCAGAAAUACCCGCAGAGCCCUAAUGUUUAGCAUGUUUGAUGAACACCACCAGCAGUCUUCCAAACUAAGCAUAGCCAUCCUAGCGAUGGGGUUUUUAUCUCAGGCUGCAUAAUGACAUCAUGGUGGUGGGGGAAGGGGAGCUUUUGAAAAUCUUGAGGCCCAACAGUGCCUCAGGCCAGUGAAACCCAGGAUUUAUACUUUGUAAAGCUCCUAAAAUCAUUCUGAUGUACAGCCAAAGCUGAAAACCACCAGCCUAGGCAUUCACCACAGGUGUAUGGACUUGCAGAUAGAUGAUCCAAGUGUAGGAAUGUCAGCACUGGGCGAACUCUAAGCAUGAAGACCCCUGCAUCCGUCGCUGCGGGUCAGGACCCUGAAUGGAUGGGGAGAGGGCCUAAUCCACUGAUGAAAAAGAAAUGUAAAACAGACCCCUUCUUCCAUGUCCUCUGUCAAAGGUAGACGGAUAGCAAGCAUCCUUGUUACUUGUCAACCAUCUGGCUGCCCUGCCUCCAGCCACUGCGCAGCCAUCACUGCCCAGGGAGGAAGGAAUAUACAUAUAUCCUAUAUGUAUAUAGGACAAAACCUGAAGCAAUAACUAGUAUUAUUUUCUCUUCCACAAGUACAGUAUGCCCUCUGAGGUUACAAAUUCCUGUCUGAAUUGCCAGCAGAAGUACUAAGAAUCCCUACUAUAUCACCUGGUAGAUAAAACUGUACAUUUUUAGGUGCAUUUACUUUUUUUCUUAAAGAAAUCCUUUUGACUUAAUUUGGCUACAAAGUAAUCUCUCUGUAUGAUUUGAAAUUUUGGAAAGGAAGACGUACUGUGGAUCUGAUGAUAUAUUAGAGGUGAUGAUGUAAUCAAGUAGCCUCAGGCAGCAGUAAUUUCAUUUUUAAACAAGUAAGCAAUAGCUGUAUAGCCUCUAAUAUAUGGUACAUUUUAACAUUAUAACGUUUUUCUGUGAUGAAAUCAAUAUUUGUACAAAUGGAAAGCAAGAUUCUCUUUUAUAUGGUUUACACUGUUGAUCAAAACAUGUUGAUUGUAUAUGGAGUAUUAAAAAACUAGAUGUAUACUAUUCGUGUUCUUUACUCAUAAGUAUCUUAUAAAAACAUUGUAUUCUUGUUAA